UUUUAUUUUCACUGUUUUUUCUUUAUGCUUGCUUCACAUUGUUUGUAGAUCCAUCUUCUAGAAUGUUCCCUUCUACAUGGCAUGAUUUUGAAAAAGCCAACCCAUAUUGCAAGUUCCAUAUUCGGGGUGUGUCAGGCAUAGAAGUAAGUUGUAGUUCAAAACCAGCUCAGUAGAGUAGAUAACAGCAUAUAAAUAAACUGAAAUUACUAAAUGCGAAGUUGCGUGGCAGUUGGAACAAAAGCUAUAUGCCCAGUAGAGGAAACUCCAAUCAAAGUAGAAUGAACAUACUGAUAUACUGCACGACUAAACCUCAAGACCCCAAAAAACAUCAUUGGCUUCCCAAACAAAAAAUUAAAGAAAAAAGUGAACUUAUGAGCAUCAACAGGGUCUCAGAAAUAUCCAACAGUUGAGCACAAAACUCGUAAACCAUAUCGUUCUCAUAAAAUGAGAACAAAUAUUACAACCGGAGAAGAAGCCAACCAUCUGAAUUUUUGUAUGAUCCUACUCCCCAAAAAUAAAAAUCAUCACCAUUUACGAUUCUUCUCCAAUUAACACUUGAAAAAGAAGAAUUACCCAAAACCCACCACUUCUUUUGUUUGCUUUUCCUUUCCAUUUUCAAAAUUCAGUGAAUCAAAACCAUGUUUGUGUUCAUUCCUAUGAGUCUCAGACUCAAAAUACCCUUUCGUCUUUCCAUUGAGCUACCAUUACCAAAUCCCACUCUAAGAAUGUCAGGAUGGGUUUCGAAUUUCAGUUCCACCAAAGCCCCUUCACCAGUACAAGAACCACAACACUACAUUCGCAUUUUCUGCAAUGCGAGGCUACACCAGAAUCACGCAGAGUGCGAACUUGCAUUGGUUUCCGCACUUAAAUACCGUUCCUCCUCCCAUGGCCGCCAACUCCAUUCUCUGGCCUUGAAACUUGGUCUCUACUGCAACACCUUCAUUCAAAACAGCUUGAUCAACAUGUAUGCAAAAUGCGGUUCAAUUUCUGAUGCCCAAUUGUUGUUUGAGGCUUGUCCUAGGUUGGACAUUGUCUCUUGUAACAUUAUGAUUUCUGGGUAUGCGAAAGCUGGUCAAUUGAACAAUGCGCGCAAACUGUUUGACACAAUGCCUGACAAAGAUUGUGUCUCCUACACCACCAUGAUUAUGGGUCUUGUUCAAAAUGAUUGCUUUCGUGAAGCCCUUGAGGUUUUCAAGGACAUGAGGUCUCGUGGUGUGGUCCCUAAUGAUGUAACUCUUCUCAAUGUGAUAUCUUGUUGCCCACAUUUUGGUGAAAUUUUGAACUGUAGACUGAUUCAUGCGUUGUCGAUUAAGUUAUUUGUUGAGGGGUUGCUUUUUGUUUCCACGAAUUUGGUGCACGCGUACUGUGUUUGUUCCGGUUUAGGGGAAGCAAGGCGGUUGUUUGACGAAAUGCCUGAACGGAAUUUGGUAGCGUGGAAUGUAAUGUUAAAUGGAUAUGCAAAGACAGGACUUGUUGACUUGGCCAGGGAGUUGUUUGAGAGAAUUCCUGAUAAAGAUGUGAUUUCCUGGGGCACAAUGAUUGAUGGUUAUAUCUUAAAGAAUUGUUUGCAUGAGGCUUUGAUGAUGCAUCGUGCAAUGCUUCGAUCUGGACUGGGACCUAGUGAAAUCGUGGUUGUGAAUUUGGUCUCGGCGUGUGUUCGCUUCAAUGCAAUUGGUGAUGGUUGGCAAUUGCAUGGAAUGAUUGUUAAGAGAGGCUUUGAUUGUUACAAUGUGAUUCAGACUACAAUCAUUCAUUUUUAUGCAGCUUGUGGGAUGAUAGUCCUUGCCUGUUUGCAAUUUGAAGUGGGUGUAAAGGAUCACCUGGAAUCAUGGAAUGCUCUAGUUGCUGGAUACAUAAAAAAUGGGAUGAUGGACAAAGCAAGGCAAAUCUUUGAUCAGAUGCCUGAAAGAGAUGUCUUUUCGUGGAGUACCAUAAUUUCUGGCUAUGCACAAAUCGACCAGCCCAAAAUGGCUCUUGAACUCUUCCAUAAAAUGGUAGCCAGUGGAGUCAAACCAAAUGAAGUUACCAUGGCGGGUGUAUUCUCUGCAAUUGCCACAUUAGGCACACUGAAAGAAGGAAAAUGGGCCCAUGAAUACAUGUGCAAUGAAUCAAUUCCCUUGAGUGACAAUUUAUGUGCAGCUCUGAUUGAUAUGUAUGCAAAAUGUGGGAGCAUCAACACUGCCUUACAUCUUUUCAAUAAGAUUCGAGACAAAGCUUUUUCAGUAUCCCCAUGGAAUGCAAUUCUAUGUGGGUUAGCCUCGCAUGGACAUGCAACUAUGUGCCUAGAGGUUUUCUCUGAUACUCAAAGGUAUAAUAUUAAACCCAAUCCAAUCACAUUUAUAGGAGUCCUAAGUGCUUGUUGCCAUGCUGGACUGGUGGAGCCUGGUAGGAGAAUAUUUAGAAGCAUGAAGAGUGUGUAUAAUGUGGAACCAGAUAUCAAGCAUUAUGGUUGUAUGGUUGAUCUUUUGGGGAGGGCUGGGCUUUUAGAAGAAGCGGAGGAAAUGAUCAGGAACAUGCCAAUGGAGGCUGACGUUGUGAUAUGGGGAACUUUGUUAGCAGCAUGUAGAACUCAUGGAAAUGUCAAUAUAGGAGAGAGGGCUGCAAAGAGUUUAGCACAGUUGGCACCGUCACACGGUGGAGGUAAAGUACUCUUAUCAAACAUAUAUGCAGAUGCUGGAAGGUGGGAGGAUGUAUCAUUGGUAAGAAGAGUCAUACAGAUUCAAAGAAUGGAGAGAAUGUCUGGAUGCAGUGGUGUUGUAAGGUAGCUAGAAGAGUUUCAGUUCACUUAGAUUAUUUUGCUAAUUUUUUACGUGACGAUGCUGAUCUUUUGGUAUGAUCUUUUCUGUAGAAUCAUCAUGCAUUCAUAUUUUAUAAAUGUUUAGAAAUAAAAUAGGGUUUGGCAGCAGGUGUACUUUAAACACACUGUUAUUGUUAUUAUAUCAAUUUUCUAAUAUGUACAGCAUUACACGGGAUAAGGAGUUAUAUAUAAAUAUAAAUUAAAUUUUUAUUGAAAGUUGUAGUGUUUAAUUGCACUGAAUUCUGUAAUUUUUAACAAAAAUGGACUAUACAUCUUCUUAUCCUAUGAGCUUCAAGUGAGAAAAUAUGAGCUUCAAAAUAAUUUGUUUUGGAACUGCAAAGUGGAAAUAAGGGAUUAUUAGCUUUUCAUUUGUUACUGGAAAUAUAGAACAGAAAAGGGCAAGGUGGAGAUACAAAGAGCUUGAUGAAGAGGAAAUAGAAGAAACUACACCGCAUAGGCAAGAGGCUGAAGUAGGAUUGAUUAAAAGUUUAGAUUUAGAUCAUACAUGACAUAUAUGUUACAUGGUUAAAAGCAGUUUUCAGUAUGUGAUAUCCAUGUUAUUGUUAAUCAAAGAGGCUUUGUUUGU